AUGAAAGAAAUCAGCAAUGCUAGUCAAGCAAACAACAAUAUCAUGAUGUAUUACACAAAAUUAAAAAAAUUAUGGGAUGAAUAUGCAUGUUUAGAGCCAAUUCCAGUAUGUGAAUGUGGUGUAGCAAAGUUAUUUGCUGAGAUAGAAGGCAAACACAAAUUAAUGCAAUUCUUGAUGGGCUUAAAUGAGUCUUAUGACCAUGUGAGAAAUCAAAUUCUCAUAAUGGAACCACUGCCUAGUGUAAAUAAAGCAUAUUCCAUGAUUUUGAGAAUUGAAAAACAGAGGGAAACACAAAAUGAUGAAGCUGGGAACAGUGCAAUGACAGCAAACACUUCAGGGAUCAACAAAGGCAAAACAUGGAAAAAUCAAUUCAAAAAGAAGGACGACAAAACCUGUUCUUACUGCAAAACCAUAAGCCAUGUGAGGGAAACCUGCUUUAAGCUCAAUGGAUAUCCAGAUUGGUUCAAUGAACUCAAAUUGAAGAAAAACAAAGGAAAAGAAAAUGUUGCAGCUCAUGUGUUCGAAACACCUCUAGACUACAAUGAUGAUCACACUCAAGGCAAAGUUGAUUGGAAUAUGGAGUCACUAAUGCAGGAGAUGAUAAAAUACAUGAAGAAUCAUGGCCAGAACACAGUCGACAGCAAUGAUGCAAAUUUUGUGAACUAUACUGGGUUUGCAGGUAUGACAUCUUCUUGCUACUCUAAGGUUUAUGAAAAUAGAACUAUAGGAGAGUGGAUUAUAGACACAGGUGCCACAGUUCACAUGUGUAAUGACCUAUCUCUUUUUUCAAACCACAGAACUCUAAAUAGACCAAGUGUAGUGACCCUACCCGAUGGUAGCAUGAAAAAUAUCACCAAAAUUGGAACAGUACCUUUAAAUCAGAAUAUGCAAUUGCUAGAUGUGCUGUAUAUGCCCACAUUUAAAUACAAUUUACUGUCUGUUAGCCAAAUCACCCAAACUAACAAAAUAUCUGUACAAUUCUACCAUAACCAAUACAUCUUGCAGGACCUAGUGACUAAACACCUAUUGGCUGUUGGGAGAAUGCACCAAGGAUUAUAUAGACUAAAUAAAGGAUCAUUUAGCCAUCAAGGAAGCAGAAUAAAGACAAUUGGCACAGCAUUGACAUCUCAACAACUUCAAGGCAAUUAUGAAGUAUGGCACAGAAGAUUAGGUCAUGCAUCAAAAAACAAGUUAUUGCAUCUAAAUGUAAUAAAAGCAAAUGACUGUGAUUUUCAUGUGUGCACCAUUUGUCCUAUUGCAAAACAACAACGAUUGAGUUUUAAUAAGAGCAAGAUUACAUCUACAACGCAAUUUGAGUUAAUUCAUGUGGACCUUUGGGGCCCAUAUUCAGUAGUUUCAGUCUCAAAUGCAAGAUAUGUAUUAACAUAG